AUGUUCGUCUCAUGGGCUCUUCGCUCAUUCCGUGACAGUCUCAUCCAAGUGGAUCCCCUUGCCGCGGCGAUUGCUCACAAAGCACAGCGAAAACCAUUACCAUCGGUGACAAGAACGCCACUUUUGUUGCAAUUCACUCCAUUUGGAGCUGCGACUUUAGUAGGAGGAGGAGGAGGAGAAGAAGGAGGAAAGAAGGAGAAGAAGAAGAAGAAGAAGAAGAAGAAGAAGAAGAAGAAGGAG